CGUCUUUGCGCGUACGAGGCAUCGAAAGUCGGAAGUCGACGACCAUGGCGCUCCAAGCCGUCAAACGCUUCCGAAUGCGCGAGCUCACCACCUUACCUCGCCUAAUACAGCCUGGCGUCCCUCACAUCCCUCCUGCCUCUCAAACGACAUAUACAGACUUCUUUACUAAAGGCUCAAAGUCCACGAAAGGGAAACAACAAGCAAACGAGCCAAUGUACCCGCAUUACACCACUCCGGUCAGCGCCUUGAACCCUUUCAUCCCCCUCAAGAAUCCAUCGACCGGCCGAUGGGCCCCUGCGAAGUAUUCGCUGAGAAGACAGGCGGAUCUGGUCAAGAACGCGAGGAAGAGCGGGACGUUGCAUCUUCUGCCACCAGGGCCGAAAUUCAAUCCGGAGGGUCAGAGGUUGAAGGAUAAGAUUCUGGUCGGGGAGAUGCAGGCUGCUCUCGCCGUCAGAGCCGCGCGCAAAUCGACCACAGACGCGCCAUCUGCGACCGGAGGCGCGUCCGCGACGACGACGACGAACGUUUCGGGGCUCACGAAAGUCGUGUCGACGCUGAGUAGGCGGCAGAAGAGGUUAAGGCUCGGUCGUCCAGUGGUCACGUGGAAUUUGCUGUUCAGGACGCAUGUCAGAGGGUGGGAUCGCGAGAUUAGGUGGGGUGGAGAGCUGAAGGCGAAGGAGGUCAAGGGUGCGGACGUGGGUAAUAGGCUGUAUGCGGGUAAGAGGAGGAUGUUCAAGGGACACAAGUGGGAGAGAGUGAGGGGAGAGAGGAUGAAGAUGCAGGCCAGGAUGUUGAGGUUCAUGCCGGCGAGGGUCGCGAAGUACAAGGGGCAACGCUUGAGGAGGAAGCCUAACCCACUUCGUCCCGCUUCAGGCUUGGGCAGGACCAAGCUACCAUUCUAGAUAUCC